CAAACCGCGCUAUUCAAAAAGGAGAGUGGUAUUUUUCCUCGCUGAGUAAAUUCUGUUGUUUUGAUCGUUUAUACGUAUCAAAACUACUGUUUACACUUUAAUUGAGUUUAUUUCAGUUAAAGUAUUCGAUUAGAGUAUCGUUUUUGUUUCCAAAGUAGUUUGUUGUCAGUACUGUGCGCGUGUCCAAAAAGGGUAGUGAUUUUGUACUUGUUGUGAUUAUCCUUGCUUUUGUGUAAUUGUUGCAUCAAAAGCAUUCUUGGUCUAUAUCAAAGUGUUUUUAGUUAAGGUUCUAAAUCUUGCUAAGAUUUGUCUUGUGAAACCCUCUUCCUCAUUGACUGACACUAGUGUUCAUAUUGUGUUAUACACCUUUAUCUGACUAAAAUGGUUGGUAGUACUCACAAAUGUGGACAACCACGUUGUUUGUUCCCUGUGGACGAAGGAAUGCAGUGUGAUGAAUGCAAAAGCUGGUUCCAUAAGAUGUGCACUCGUUUAAGUCCCACUGCGUACAAAAGAUGUUCAAAGCCUAACUCACACUGGCUUUGCAUGUUUUGUUGUGCAAAUAAGACGUUACUAAUACAAGAGGCUAUGAGCCUACUGGCUUUGGCUUGUAAGAAAAACGAUAGGGCAUGCACUGAUAACAUGAGCACUGACAGUGACGAAUGUGUCAGUGUAGUAGUACCUGCUGUUACAAGACGCCUCAAACACCCCAAUUUGAUUGACGGGAAAGUGAAAUCUCCUUUAAUAUUACCGAGGGAAGAAGCACCACCUGAAACUAACAUCAGUAACCAGGUGCCUCUAGUGGACACUGAAGAUCUGAAUAAGACCGUCACUGUUCCAAAUAGUCCCGGUGUACUGAAGGAUGAAAAAUGGACUACAGUACGGAAUAAACGAAGUGAAAAGAAAAAGGCUGUGGGCAAUGCGCAGGUAGUUAGCAAGUCAUUGGUGAACUCCCAUUGUGAGUCACAAAACGUACUACCGAAAUCUGAUAGAAAGAGGGAAAACCACCCAGGUGUGACUGAAAAAAAGAAUCUGAUAUCAUCGAAUAUUAUUGUUAGCAAAUUACUGGAGUCAAACGACCCUGACCCCAAAAUUAGACAUGCGCAUGAUUUAGAGAAGUUGGGAGAUUAUAUUCGUAGUAUCUUACCGGAUAACUCUAAAGGAGUCCAGGUCAAAAAGCUGGUAAGAAUAGGCAAGAGGACCGAAAACAAUGCUGAACCUCGUCCAUGUAGACUCCUUAAGGUAAUCCUAGGAUCAGAGACGCAACGGGACCUCCUGUUAAGUAAUGCUCGUUGUCACGACAAUUCUGAUAUCCGAGUUAGACCUGAUAUGUCUCUCGAAGACAGAAUAAAAAGAAAGAAAGCACUAGCUGAACUAGAAAUCCGCCAACAAAAUGGUGAGAAAAAUCUCCGGUUAGUGGGUUUUCGGAUAGUCAAGUCUUGGAAGCGAAUGCUACCAAGGCCUGUAUGGAUAGGCCGUUCUACCUAGGAGUCUUAUAUGCCAAUGCUCGUAGUCUAAGAAAUAAGUUCUAUGAGCUAGGAGCAUUAGUGGACAGAUUAAGGCCACUCAUCGUAGCAGUGACAGAAACUUGGUUAGUCCAUAACUUCGACAUUACUCCAGAACUAUCGGGAUACCAUUACCUAAGGAGUGAUAGACAUAGUUGUAGAAAAGGAGGUGGUGUCCUGUUAUAUAUAUUCAAUAGUAUAAAUAUACGCUCCUUUGUUAGCGAAUCCCAUGACAGCGGUACUUGUGAAGUUAUUAGCUGUAAAUUGGAUAUCGGAUGUAGUACGUUUAUGCUCGGUGUCAUCUAUCGCAGCCCAAUCUGUUUAGCCGAUGACUUUAUUCUAGAGCACAUUCAUCUUUGGAGUACCAAUACCAGGUGCUUGAUAAUAGGAGACUUUAAUGCACCUAACAUUAGUUGGGCUGAAAUGACCACAGAAGGAUCUAUAAACUCCUUUGAAAAUAGGUUCCUGAUAACAAUAAUGGAGCAUGCAUUAGUGCAGCAUGUAUCCAAACCUACACGUUUUGGUGCUAACCAAGGUUCUUCUCUGUUGGACUUGGUAAUCACUCAUGAUACUGAAGAUAUUGUCGACCUAAAUGUUCUCCCACCGUUAGCGAACAGUGAUCACGCUGUUUUGUCCUUCUCGUUUAGAACUAGGGACAUGUUAUACGAUCAGGUCACACCCCGCCCAAAUAUAUGGAAAGCUAACAUAUCAGCCAUUCAGGAAUGCGCUGCUAAGACAGAUUGGUUUGUAGAUACUAGCUUAUCAGUUGAAGAAGCAUGGUCUGUAUUCAAAGGUAAGUUUAGUUUAGUUACGUCCUCGUUCAUACCAUACCUGAUACCGCGAAGACCGAAUAAUAGUCCACCAUGGAUAACCAAACCAGUUAAGAAACUUCUUAGAAGAAGGAAGAAGCACUGGAAUAUGUUCAUCUCUACGGGCUUAGAACAAUACCGAUCCAGUUAUUGUAAGACUAGGAAUGCCUGUAAAGCUUUAAUAAGUAAGACUAGACGAUCAUACGAAAAGCAAUUGGUUAGGGAUUCUAAAUAUAGUUCGAAACGGUUAUUCUCGUAUAUAAAAAGACGAACUCAGAGAAGUGAUGGAAUUCCAUCACUUUUGAUACAAGAAAAUCCGUUAAUCUUGGCAGAGAAUGAUACAGAAAAAGCUGAAGCUUUAUCGAAAUAUUUCAGUAAAGUGUUUUCUAUCACUAAUGAGGAACGACCAACGAUUCAUUAUGACCGUAACGGCUCGCUGAUGGAUCCUGUGGUCAUUGAGAAAGGUACUGUUUUAAGGCUACUUCAGCAUAUCAAACCUGAUAAGUCUAGUGGUCCUGAUAAUAUUCAUCCUAGGAUUAUGAAAGCCAUAUCAGACGUAAUUGCUGAACCAUUGGCGAUACUGUUUGACAUGUCUCUGAAGCAGUCCAAACUGCCCAGAGACUGGAAAGACGCUAUAAUAAGUCCGGUGUACAAGGCUGGGAGUAGGGACUUAGUUAGUAACUAUAGACCCGUUAGCUUAACGAGUGCAGUUGUAAAACUGAUGGAAAAAAUCAUUCGGAUAUCUGUUAUAAACUAUGUUGAAAGGCAUAAUCUUUUCUCCAGAGAACAACAUGGUUUUCGGAGAGGCCUAUCGUGCUUGACAAAUCUUCUCAUCGCAAGAGAAGAUUGGGCUGCUGCAAAAGAUCAGAGUAUUCCUGUAGAUGUGAUCUUCAUAGACCUUAGUAAGGCUUUCGAUAAGGUCUCUCACUCUGGUCUUAGACUAAAACUGGAACUCUUCGGAAUCCAUUAUACAGUCGUAGAUUGGAUAAGUAACUUUCUCCAUGACAGGAGACAAAGGGUAAGGGUAAAUGGGACUCUUUCCUCGUGGGUGCCUGUGAAAAGUGGAGUUCCCCAAGGUACCAUCCUCGGUCCUCUUCUCUUUUUACUUUAUGUAAAUGAAUUACCAACUGUAGCAAAAUCAUCCAUUCUACUAUUCGCUGAUGACAUAAAAAUUUGGAGACCCAUACACAGUAUGUCAGAUAGAAUAGUAUUACAGAAUGAUCUUAGCUCAUUGGUGGCAUGGUUAGAUAGGUGGUCACUUGAAGUUAAUCCAAAUAAGAGCGUGGUGAUGCAAUUAAAUGACAAUGAUGAAUCGUAUCACUAUAAAAUACGUGGAUUCGUACUACCCAAAGUAAGAAACUACAAAGAUUUGGGAGUCAUAUUAAGUAGUGAUCUCAAAACCACUAGUCACUGUAAGGCUGCUGCUGCAAAAGGCUAUAGAAUAUUAUGGUCUAUUCGUAGGUCUUUUCAGUAUUUAGAUGACGAAAUGUUUAGACUAUUAUACCCGAUUUAUGUGAGACCACAUUUAGAAUAUGGAAUUCAAGCAGCAAGUCCUUGUUUCAAGUACGAAGCAGAUAUGCUAGAGCGAGUCCAACGACGAGGUACUAAGAUGGUACAAGGUCUAUCUGGACUAUCUUAUGAAGACAGAUUGAGACACCUCAACCUAUUUCCUUUAUCUUACCGUCGAAUUCGGGGUGAUCUAAUAUUGGCUUAUCGUAUACUGAACGAUGACCUUGGUAUUAACAUGUCUUAUCUUUUACUUCCGUCUAGGACUGAUCGUUUGAGAGGACACUCAAAAAAAAUUCAAAAACCGAGAUCAAAUCGUUUACGUCUGGAGUUUCGUUUCUCUCAUCGAGUAGUGAAUUAUUGGAAUUCUCUACCGGAACACGUAAUAUCAGCACCUUCUGUUGAUAUAUUCAAGACGAGAUUGGACCUCCACAGUAUUACAAACUGCAAGGAUUAAUACAGGUCGAUAGACCUCCUAUCCUUAUUACUGAAGACUGAAGACU